CUUCCCGGAAGCACGGAGACCUAACUGCCCACACGUCCCGCCCUUUCCUCCUUUCACAUUCUGGGGUCUGAAGUAGGCGUGGCCACAGACAAUAGGUCCCCGGGGUGUCUCUCCAACCGCUGAACACUACCCUAUGCUGCCUGCUGUGGUGGCAAGUUCUGAGCUUUCAACAUCAGCUGGGGUGGACUGAACUUGCUAUGGGCUGCUCCGGCCCUCUGCUGCUGUGGCUCGGAGCUGCGGGCGCCAUUCUCUGCUGCAGCGCCGGGUCCCAGGCGCCUUUUCUUCCAUCCUCGCCCUUGCCGCGACCAAUUCCAAGCCCCUGGGACUCGAAGGUGGCCGCCCCGCCUAACAGAUUAGAGCCAGAUUCCCCCACAAAUUCUCCAGGCAUCGAAGGUCCUUGGCUGUUCUCCACCUGCGGGGCCAGCGGCCGAUGGGGCCCCACACAAACACAAUGUGAUUGGGCAUACGAGGGGACCAGCGUGAUGGUGACCGUGGGGGCCGAAGGGCCUCUGAAAGGAGUGCAGCUGUGGCGGGCGCCAGGCACCGGCCAGUAUCUGAUCUCAGCCUACGGAGCCGCAGGCGGCAAGGGCGCCAAGAACCACCUGUCGCGGGCGCAUGGCGUCUUCGUCUCAGGGAUCUUCUCCCUAGGUCGUGGGGAGCAGCUGUAUAUCCUAGUGGGGCAGCAGGGAGAGGACGCCUGUCCAGGAGGUAGCCCGGAGAGCCAACUCGUCUGUCUUGGAGAGUCUCAGUCCACUGAAGAGCACACGGCGGCGGCCGAUGAAACCGAAAGAGUCCGGGGGUCGCAGCACUGGGCGGGAGGUGGUGGGGGUGGAGGGGGCGCCACCUACGUCUUCCGGCUACGCGCCGGCGAGCUGGAGCCGCUGCUGGUGGCUGCCUGAGGCGAGGACCGAGCCCGGACUCAGGCCGCCCCAGAGAAACUGGAAAACCGGUCGGCGGCGCCAGGGAGCGGCGGGAGAGGAGGGGCGGCAGGUGGAGGGGGCGGCUGGACGUCACAGGCCCGCUCUCCGCAGUUUGGCCGCUCACUGAAGGAAGGGGCAGAGGGCGGCCAGGGAUGUGCCGAGGCCAGGGCUACACUCGGCUGGGCCGCAGUCGGCGGCUUCGGGGGCGGUGGCGGAGCCUGCACUGCUGGUGGAGGAGGCGGUGGCUACCGGGGGGGUGAUGCCUCAGAGACUGACAUCUUCUGGGCUGAUGGGGAAGAUGGGGUAUCUUUCAUACACCCCAGCAGUGAACUCUACCUGCAGCCUCUGGCAGUCAUAGAGAACCAUGGAGAGGUGGAAAUCCGAAGGCACCACAAUUGCAGUCAUUGUUCUUUGAAAGACUGCCAGUGGCAGGCUGAGCUUCAUUUGACUGAAUGCAUGUGCCCAGAAGGCAUGGAGCUAGCUGUGGAUAACAUCACUUGCAGAGACCUGCCAACCCCCUCAAGCCCACUGGUUCUGAUGGUGGCUGUAGUGGUGACCUUGAUACUGAGCCUCCUUAUGGUGUGUGGGGUCCUGAUUUUGGUGAACCAGAAGAAGUGGCAGGGCCUAUGGGGGUCCAGGCGGCCAGAUCCUGAGCUUGAGCUGAGCAAGCUUCGAACCUCUGCCAUCAGGACAGCCCCCAAUCCCUAUUACUGCCAGGUAGGGCUUGGUCUGACCCAGUCGUGGCCUCUGCCCCCAGGGCUCACCGAGGUUUCCCCAGCCAAUGUCACUCUGCUCAGAGCCCUGGGCCACGGUGCCUUUGGGGAAGUGUAUGAGGGAUUGGUAAUUGGCCUUCCUGGGGACUCCAGCCCCCUACAGGUGGCAAUCAAGACUCUGCCAGAUCUCUGUUCUCAUCAGGAUGAGUUGGAUUUUCUCAUGGAGGCGCUCAUCAUCAGUAAGUUCAGCCAUCAGAACAUCGUGCGCUGUGUGGGGCUCAGCCUCAGGGCUGUGCCUCGCCUCAUUCUGCUGGAACUGAUGUCUGGAGGGGACAUGAAGAGUUUCCUGAGGCAGAGUCGUCCCAACCUGGGUCAGCCAUCACCUCUGGCCAUGCAGGACCUGCUGCAGCUGGCCCAGGACAUAGCCCAGGGCUGCCACUACCUUGAGGAAAAUCGCUUCAUCCACAGGGACAUUGCCGCCAGGAACUGUCUGCUGAGCUGCACUGGGCCCAGUCGUGUUGCCAAGAUUGGGGACUUUGGGAUGGCAAGAGAUAUCUACCGGGCCAAUUAUUAUCGUAAGGCAGGGCAGGCCUUGCUCCCAGUCAAAUGGAUGCCCCCAGAGGCCCUUCUAGAGGGGAUCUUCACGUCAAAGACAGACUCCUGGUCUUUUGGGGUACUGCUCUGGGAGAUCUUCUCACUGGGUUACAUGCCCUACCCUGGGCAUACCAACCAAGAGGUGCUGGACUUCAUCAUUGCAGGGAGCCGGAUGGACCCUCCUCAGGGCUGUCCAGGACCUGUGUACCGCAUCAUGACCCAGUGUUGGCAGCAUCAACCUGAACUCCGCCCCAACUUUGCCAGCAUCUUGGAGCGCCUUCAAUACUGUACUCAGGACCCUGAUGUGCUUAAUUCACCACUGCCAAUAGAACUGAAGCCCACUCUGGAGGAUGAAGGGGCUUCUGACCUGGGGAACAGGUCCUUGGAGGGCCUAAGAUCCCCACAACCCCAGGACCUGAGCCCAGAGAAUUUGAAAAACUGGGGAAGGAGGCCUCUUGUCCCUCACCUGUCCUCUGGCCUCAAGCCCCUCAAAUCCCGAGGUCUCCAACCUCAGAAUCUUUGGAAUCCCACCUAUGGCUCUUGGGUCCCAAGGGACUCUGAUUGAGGACUCAGGCACUGUUCUUAGCAACUGCUCCUCCCUGUACCCCUUUCCAGGCUUCUAGUGCCUUGUUAGUCCAGUAGCCUCUGUUCCCCUGCAGUCUGUGCUGUCUGGAGCUGUCUCAGGGCAGUCCUGGCAACAUUGGACUUUUAUGCUAGAAACCAGCCCCAGGCUCUUAGGGAAGGGCCUACCUACUCCCAGCCUUUGGUCUUUGGGACCAGAAGCCAUUCUCUCACACCCCAGUUAUGGUGGGGAGUGUGGAUUACCCUCUCCCCACAUCUUUUAUCUCCAACCCCGUAGAUAUUUCUAAUAAAAAAUUCUUUUUAUACCUUCCA